UUCCACUUACACGCCGUGCUACAAAGUCGCGUGUCCCCGUCCCAUGACCUGGCCCUGUUCUUUUCCAUCAACACUGCCAUCCUUGAAUCGUAACGGCAAGACCAUUACUGAGAUUCCCGUCUUUGUCGACUCCUCAAGUCGCUCAACCGUGCAAGGCGGCCACCAAAACUCAUCAUGGAAGCCUGCUUGCUAGGCUGCGCCCACAUUGUGCGAGCCCCAUCGGCCGUGACACAUUCUGCGCCUCUUGCAGACUUACCUGGUCUUCGGUGAGGUUGAGAGACGAGGAAAGAGAGAAAGAGACAUGGAGAGUCUGCCUCGCCAAAAGUCAACUAAGUGAACUGCUUAAUGUGUGAUUUCUCGUUCAACACAUACAUCCCCAUCUGCUACUCUCUCUCACAUUCUCUCUCCGUCUUGUGUUCAUCUAUUUCCUUGCUUCCACGUCCCGGCCGACAUCAUCUGCUCCAGGCUAACAAAUCAUGUGGCUUAUCAACACGACAACCCACGAACUGCGCCUGUUCGCCGGCGCCGGCCCCGACGUGCCCCCCUACGCUAUCCUCUCUCACACCUGGGGCUCCGACGAGGUCACCUUCCAGGACAUCCACAACCUCCCCCUGGCAGCCUCCAAGGCCGGCUUCGCCAAGAUCCGGGGAUGCUGCGUCCAGGCCCUGCGGCACGACAUCGCCUGGGCCUGGGUCGACUCCUGCUGCAUCGACAAGACCUCCUCCGCCGAGCUCUCCGAGGCCAUCAACUCCAUGUACUCGUACUACCUCCACGCCCGCGUCUGCUUCGUCUACCUCGACGACGUCCCGCCUCUCAACCCGGCUUCGCCCUUGUCCUCCCCCAUGGACCAGUUCCCCUCCCUCGCCUCCUCACGCUGGUUCACCCGCGGCUGGACCCUCCAGGAGCUCAUCGCCCCGCGCCGCUCCAUCUUCUACGCCGCCGACUGGUCCCGUCUCGGCACAAAGGGUAUGCACAGCUCCGAGCGCCCCUUCAUCCGCGCCCUUGCCACCAUCUCCGGCAUCUUCGAGUCCGUCCUCGCCAAGUCCCGUCACCCGCACGACUACUCCGUCGCCGAGCGCAUGUCCUGGGCCGCCGCCCGCCGCACCACGCGCGACGAGGACCUCGCCUACUGCCUCAUGGGCCUGUUCGGUGUCAGCAUGCCCGUACUCUACGGCGAGGGCCUUGCGAGCGCCUUCAAGAGGCUGCAGCACCACAUCAUCCGCACCUCGCCCGACGAGUCCAUCUUCGCAUGGCGCGCCGACCCGUCCCGCCACGUCGUCGACCCCUAUCCCGGCGACCUGCGUCGUGGUAGCGCCGCUCGUUCUUCGGGUCUAUUGGCCGACUCGCCCGCCGCCUUUGCCCGUUCGCACGACGUCCACCAACGCGCCCUGCACUCGGCCUCCCCCUUCCGCCUGUUCAGCAUGACGAACAUGGGUCUUUCCAUCGUCGCGGACCUAGCACCACCACCACCGCUGCCAAAAACAGGCGGCGGUAGUCCCCGCGGAAGCCCCGCCGCCGCCGCCGCCGUCGCCCACACGAGGACGCCGGAGCCGAGGCCGCUGAUCGUCAUGCCCAUCGGUGCGAGCGACCGUCCGACCGACGCCUCUCCGCGCGCCCGCAUCGGGAUAUACCUGGAGCCCGUGCUUCAGACGUCCUCCUUGAUGGGACACGGUCAGAUGUUCUACCGCCGCGUCCGAUGCGACGAGCUCUGCUUCGCGCCGAGGGGGGAGUUCCCGCGGGGCCAGCAGCUAGACAUCUACGUCCUCGAGGACGACCAGUAUGCCGAGAUGCAGUUUGCCGAUCGGUCGAACUCUCCGGGACCGAGGCCAGGAGCCGUCGGGUCGCCAUCGAUCGAGGCCCGGUUGUUGUCGUUGUCGCCUAGCGCGUCGCCGAGGGCUUCGCCGAGACUGGACAUGGAUAUGUGAGCGAGGCACGCGAGCUUCGGUACGUCGGUGCAUGUACAGAAGCUUCCGGAUGGCACAGAGCGAGGGAAGGGAGUGGUGAAGAAGGUGGGCAGCCGAGUAGACCGGAAAGAUGGAGAGCGAGAGUUCUACUCCAGCGGGCCAGGAAACAGCGAAUGGACAUCUACAUGGAGACAGAGUAAGAGAGAAAUAGAGGGAGAAAGAGAUUAAGAACGGCAUUGAUAAGACCACCAGAAUAUAUAGUAUAGUCAGCAGAGCACCAGCGGCACAUACCGUGGAUGCAUCGAUGGCCCAGUUAGGGGCAUGCGCUGGAUGGAUGUUUUCAACACAGGUGGAGGGGGGGACAUCGUGGCGGUUUCCACUUGCAAAUCACACUCGCCAGCAUGAGCUUGCUUGGGUGUGAAUUCUUUUCCAUUCAAUCGACACACCUUUCGUGCGUCCCUUGCAGCCCCUUCUUCCACUCUCCCAGAACAUAAGCCUAGGCUCUCCAGGACAGGGUGAGUUACUCGGGUAAUCUCAUCCAGUAAACCCAACUCUUUCUGUUGUUGUUUAAACUACAUACACAUGCGUGGCUUUCUCCUUACAGCCAGCCCCCCAUCCCCCCUUUAUAUCGGACAAUGACAGCACUUUCAUCAUGAAAGCUCUCUCCGUGUUUCUCAAGUGCCAGCCCAAACCCUGGCCGUCCUGUAAUUUUCCUCCCCAGAUCUAUCUAUACCUUGCUUAACCUUCCAACAUCGGAGCCAGCCAUCUGCCCCUGCCGCAAGUCAGGCAUCUCAUACGCCGGGAGGGGGGGUUCGGAGAGCGUUCGUCGUGCCGUGCUGUACUGCCGACUUCCAAGGGGCCAUCUCGUGUGGUCCCUUUAACAAUGUGUGUAUCGAUGAAUGAUAAAAUGAUGAUAAAAAACCUCAAAUGUCUCGCCCUUCUCCCCCCCUUUAUUCUCACUACUCC